AUGUCUCGGUUCGUGGAGAUGGCCGUAUGGAGCACUGGUCACUCGCCGUCCGAGGCAAGGUAUUGCGGCCUGACAUUGUCUCCAAGCGGAUCAUCCUCGAAAGUCGAAACAUGCGUUUUCCCCGUCGGGGCUGUCAAAGCGUCGACGGCAGCUGAACACUGGGGCGAAUCUGGGACUCAUCACAAGACACCGGGCAGUCGGAUGUAUCAUAGGGCGUUUGGGGCUCUAAGCUUUGGCUGGUGCAUUCAAGUGGUCCCCUCGGGAACGGCGAAAUUACGCCUGGUGAGCGACCCGCUCGCUGCGUAUGCGGCACUCGAGACUCGAGACUCUCGAGUCGAAAGUCGAAAGUCAAGACGAUCUCCAUGGGUGGAAAUCAUUGGAGAUCACAAAAGUGGAGGAGCUAAGAAACACGGAAGCUGCAAAGGUGAUUGGAAAGUAAAAUCGGCCAUAGUUUCUGGUGGCCAUGGUUCGCAGAUAGAUUACCUCCCUCCUGGGGAUAAGAUUAAAAAUCCUGAAUACUGCGCGGUACUGGGCCGUACACUCCCGUACACUUACGGCUCUCGCCGUGCCAGCGCCAGGCCUCAGAUCGGUCAAGAACGGUAUCGUCGCGCACCAAGCUUGGGUCGCUCUCGCAAGCAGAAAAUAAGGGAUGUAGAUAGGGAUAUGUAUGGGCUGCGCGAGGGCAUCAAUUAUUCUCCCAGAGCGGUUCGGCAGAUUUUGACUGGCAAGCGGGAGCGAUCUGCUGAAUCCAAUCCGAUUCCUACUCGAACCACAUCCGAACGGGUCCCCCUCAACCCCUGUCGACUGAUCAUGUCGAGCUAA